AUGGACAGCUUCGACUUAGCCCUGCUCCAGGAAUGGGACCUCGAGUCGCUGUGUGUCUACGAACCAGAUAGAAACGUGUUACGGAGAAAAGAACGAGAGAGACGAAAUCAGGAAACUCAGCAGGACGAUGGCACGUUUAAUUCGAGUUACUCCCUCUUCAGUGAACCCUACAAGACUAACAAGGGGGAUGAGCUCUCCAACCGGCUCCAGAACACUUUAGGCAAUUACGAUGAAAUGAAAGACUUUCUCACGGAUCGAUCAAACCAGAGUCAUCUUGUGGGUGUUCCCAAACCUGGGGUUCCUCAGGCUCCCGUGACCAAGAUUGAUGAACAUUUUGUGGCAGAUUCAAGAACCCAGACUCAACCAGCACCCAUCUGCAGCACCACACCCGCUCCAGCAGCCGUCCCCGGGCAGCAGAGUAAGCGGGGCACCGUGGGCUGGCAGAAGGCUGGGCACCCGCCGCCCGAUGUCCAACAGAGAGCAACACAACAGGGCGCUCUCAGGAACUUGCUUGGCGAUGGCGUUGGCAGACAGCAGCCGCGGACCAAACAGGUGUGCAAUGUCGAGGUGGGUCUUCAGACCCAGGACAGGCCCCCCGCUAUGGGGGCCAAGCACGGCGGCAGUGGCCACUGCGUGCAGAACUUUCCUCCCUCCCUGGCUUCGAAACCCAGCCUCGUCCAGCAGAAGCCUACCGCUUAUGUGCGGCCCAUGGACGGCCAAGAUCAGGCGCCCGAUGAGUCUCCGAAGCUGAAGUCGUCUACAGAGACUGGCGUGCACUGCUUGUACAGGGGCGUCCCGGCCGCCAAGGCAGAGUCAGCGAGAGCCAAGGCCAAGCUGUCCAAGUUCAGCAUCCCCAAACAAGGAGAGGAGAGUCGAUCUGGAGAAACCAACAGCUGUGUUGAAGAAAUCAUUCGGGAGAUGACCUGGCCUCCACCGCUUGCUGCUAUUCAACCACCUGGCAAAGUGGAACCAAGCAAGUUUCCAUUUCCAAAUAAGGACUCUCAGCUUGCCUCCUCUGGACACAAUAAUCCAAAGAAAGGUGAUGCCGAGCCAGAGAGUCCAGACAAUGGCACAUCGAAUACAUCAAUGCUAGAGGAUGACCUUAAGCUAAGCAGUGAUGAAGAGGAAAAUGAACAGCAGGCAGCCCAGAGAACGGCCCUCCACGCUCUGUCUGACAGUGCCGGACUGCAGCCGGCAGACUGCAGGGCCUCGGCGCCCUCGAGCAAGGGCAGCAGCGGCGGCAGCAGCAGCAGUGGGAGCAGCUCCUCCAGCGACUCGGAGACCAGCUCGGGGUCCGACUCGGAGACGGAGAGCAGUUCCAGCGAGAGCGAGGGCAGCAAGCCUGCCCACUGCUCCAGUCCCGAGGCGGAACCAGCGUCCUCUAACAAAUGGCAGCUGGAUAAAUGGCUAAACAAAGUGAAUCACCACAAGCCCCCUGUGCUGAUCCAAAAUGAAAGCCACCACGGGCCGGAGAGCAGUCAGUACUACGCCCCAGCGAAGGAGGACACGCAGGACUGCGGGAAGCUCCCUGACGUCUGCCCGCCUGGCCUGAGAGAUAAGGACAUCAAGGGCGCCUGCAAGGAGGAGCAGAGGCCGAGGACCGCGAACAAGGCCCCGGGGAGCAAGGGGGUGAAGCAGAAGUCCCCGCCCGCGGCCGUGGCCGUGGCCGUGACCGCCGCCGCCGCCCCGCCGCCCGCCGUGCCUGGCGCGCCCGCCGAGAGCGCGCCCGCGCCUGCCCGGAGGUCCGCGGGCAAGAAGCCCGCCCGGCGCACCGAGAGGACCUCGGCCUGCGACAGCGGCCCCCGGCCCGAGGAGCCCGUGGCUGCCGAGGCGCUGGGGGCGAGCGCGGGGCUUCCCCCGGAGCCCCCCAAGCCCCGGCCUUGCGGCAACAGCAGGACCAACCACCGCAAGGAGCUGCGCUCGGCCGUGACCUGCGAGAAGCGCCGCACGCGGGGGCUGAGCCGGAUCGUCCCGAAAUCCAAGGAGUUCAUCGAGACGGAGUCGUCCUCUUCGUCCUCCUCCUCGGACUCGGACCUGGAGUCGGAGCAGGAGGACUACCCUUUGUCCAAGGCCGUGGCCGCCGCCGCCGCCGCCGCCUCCGGGAACGACCCGAGGCUGAAGGAGGCCCCCAGCAGCAUCAGCGGUGGCGGCCCCCGCGCUCCCGUGGGCUCCAUCAACGCCAGGACCACCAGCGACAUCGCCAAGGAGCUGGAGGAGCAGUUCUACACGCUGGUCCCCUUCGGCCGCAACGAGCUUCUCUCCCCGUUGAAGGACAGUGACGAGGUCCGGUCACUCUGGGUCAAAAUUGACCUGACACUUCUGUCCAGGAUCCCGGAACACCUGCCCCAGGAGCCGGGCGUCUUGAGUGCUCCCGCGGCCAAGGACUCUGAGAGCGCGCCCCCGAGCCACGCAUCCGAGGCGCCCGUGGAAAAGACCUUGCCAAAAUCCAAGAGGAAACGCAAGUGUGACAACGAAGACGACUACAGGGAGAUCAAGAAGGCCCCGGGAGAGAGGGAGAGCUCCUCACGACUGACCACCUCUGCCAGCAGUGCUUUGCCCGCAAAUCAUUGCAGCAUGAACAUCAACAGCUUGGCAAUACCAAUAAAUAAAAAUGAAAAAAUGCUCCGGUCGCCCAUCUCACCCCUCUCCGACGCAUCUAAACACAAAUUCUCCGGCGAGGACUUAACUUCCUCCAGCAGAUCCAACAGCAACGGUCUGCUCACUUCCACCUCCUCCAACAAAAAGCAUAAGGUGGAGAGCCAGCUGCAGACCCACGCCGCGGACCUCACGAAAGCGGCUCACAACAAUUCCGAAAGCAUUCUCCACAAGUCACGGCCACAGACAGAGCCCUGGUCUCCAGGCGCCAACGGCCACCGGGACUGCAAGAGGCAGAAACUCAUCUUCGAUGAUAUGCCACGCAGUGCAGAUUAUUUUAUGCAAGAAGCUAAGCGAAUGAAGCAUAAAGCAGAUGCGAUGGUGGAAAAGUUUGGAAAGGCUCUGAACUAUGCAGAAGCAGCCUUGUCAUUCAUUGAGUGUGGAAAUGCCAUGGAACAGGGCCCCAUGGAGUCCAAAUCUCCUUACACCAUGUAUUCAGAGACAGUUGAGCUAAUCAGGUAUGCCAUGAGACUAAAAACCCACUCCAGCCCCAAUGCCACACCAGAGGAUAAACAGCUGGCUGCAUUAUGUUACCGAUGCCUGGCUCUUCUGUACUGGAGGAUGUUUCGACUCAAAAGGGAUCACGCUGUGAAGUAUUCAAAAGCACUUAUCGACUAUUUCAAGAAUUCAUCUAAAGCUGCCCAAGCCCCAUCUCCAUGGGGGGCCAGUGGAAAGAGCACUGGAACCCCAUCCCCCAUGUCUCCCAACCCGUCCCCCACCGGCUCCGUGGGCUCUCAGGGGAGCCUGUCCAACGCCAACGCCCUGUCCCCAUCAACCAUCGUCAGCAUCCCACAGCGCAUCCACCAGAUGGCAGCCAACCACGUCAGCAUCACCAACAGCAUCCUCCACAGCUACGACUACUGGGAGAUGGCGGACAACCUGGCCAAGGAAAACAGAGAAUUCUUCAACGACCUGGACCUGCUCAUGGGGCCGGUCACACUGCACAGCAGCAUGGAGCAUCUGGUCCAGUACUCCCAGCAGGGCCUGCACUGGCUGCGGAACAGCGCCCACCUGGCCUGA